GGCCUGGGGGCGCCUCUUCCGCCUGUGCCUGGCUCCUCCCGCCGCUUCCGGUUCCGGGGAGGAGCCGUGUUUCCGUCGGGGCGAUGGGGCAGUGGGGCCGGGCCGGGGCCGCGGUGGGGUCGCUGCUGUUGUUUGCGGGGUUGCUAGGCCUGGCCGGCGCUUCCGAUCUGCCCCUCGUCACUUGCGGCUCUGUAGUGAAGCUCCUCAACACGCGCCACAACGUCCGGCUGCAUUCGCAUGACGUACACUACGGGUCCGGUGAGCCCAUGGGGCGGGGCCUGGAAAAGGAAAGAAGGAAAAAAUCCCUCCCCGGAGGCAGUGGGCAGCAAUCAGUUACAGGGAUAUCAGAUGUGGAUGAUAGCAACAGUUACUGGCGGAUCCGAGGCAAAACCUCUACAGUGUGUGAGAGAGGAACCCCAGUGAGAUGUGGCCAGGCCAUCAGGCUGACUCAUGUCAAUACUGGGCGCAAUCUUCAUAGUCACCACUUCUCUUCCCCCCUCUCUGGCAACCAGGAAGUGAGUGCAUUUGGGGAAGAGGGCGAAGGGGACUAUCUGGAUGAUUGGACAGUCUUGUGUAGCGGGUCACACUGGGUGAGGGACGAUGAGGUUCGGUUCAAACAUGCUUCCACCGACGUGCUGCUGUCUGUUACGGGAGAGCAGUAUGGCCGGCCCAUCAGUGGCCAAAAAGAAGUACAUGGCAUGACCCAGCAGAACCAGAACAACUAUUGGAGAGCUAUGGAAGGCAUCUUUAUGAAGCCCAGCGAGCUGCUUCGAACUGAAGCCCAUCAUGCUGAGCUAUGAAAGCCCUUCAGCUCUCCUCUCCGCUCACCACACAGUGUUGUUAGACCCACUGCUUUCCCCAUUGGAACAGUAGCGACCUCAUCAUCCCUGGGGUGAGACUCCAACGUGGGGAAUUUCCAAAGUUCUUAAGAGCAGCAGCUCCCUCCUUGCCAACAUGCAUCUAUCCCUAUCUCGGACUUGGCUUCACUUCCUAAAUGUGGGAAUUAUUGCCAAAGGUGGGACUGAACUUUUCAUCCAUUUGGAAGAAAAGGUGGAAGAAAUAAUAAACAUCUCUUGGAAAUAGGAAAUGCCCCUCAUUUGGGUGCUUUGACGUAAUAAUCCGUUAAUAGAUGGAGUACAGAUUCCAAUACAUGCUUUUUCUCAGGAGUAAUAAAAAGAAUUCCAUACUCAGU